UCACGGAUGCUUGUAAGUCCCCCGCGACUGCUGUCGCCAAUAACACUCAAUGAGUCUCGUGUUUUGUCUCGGAAAUCAAAGUCACCAAUGCCUUGUGGUGCUGCAGUAAGGCGAGGGUCUACCCGUAUUGCUCGCACCGUGAAUAAACGCCGUCGCUUUCCCCCUCGCAUCGAGUCGCCUCUCGAUGUAUAUGGCCGCGUUCCCAUGUUUGACCGUCUCCCAUGGAUCUCUGCCAUGGAGUACCCUCCGCGGCUCGAUCUCUGCGAUACUGCAGAUCUGUCUCUCCUGCCUGCACUUGGCGCUGAAGAACCCGCCUUCUCAGACGCGAUCCCUGCGUCUGGACCCGUGCGCCGUCGCAAGUCAUCACUCCGUUCAAACCCUCUUGGAAAUAAUCCAGAGCCGGAAUCGCCAUCAAGACAGAUUUUUCCUUUCCAGUCCCCCAACUGUGAUCGGGAGCGUCUCAAGACCCCGCCCCCUAGGGCACCUUUUGACCCCACACAAGUCACUUUCUACAACCUCAUGCCAGUCUUUCCGGAUGGAGCUGUCAACAACCCCUCAUAG